GAAAAAGGUCCGUCCAUAAGAGCACAAAGCACCAACGUUACAACAUCGCUUUGAGAGAGUUAGAACAGCUGUUUUUUCUCUCUUCUCAAAAGGAAUUACAGUUUAUAUGAAAUAAGGAAUAAUCUUUUCAUCACAAGAAAUAACGUUGCAGAGAGGAGGCACGGACAGUUUGGAUCCGUGGCAAGAUGACUGUCUCCACUCAGUUGGGUUUGCUGCUGUGGAAGAACUUCACUUCCCGACGGAGACAGACUAUUCAGCUGCUGAUCGAGAUCAUAUGGCCACUUUUCAUCUUUUUCAUCUUGAUAUCUGUCAGACUCCACUAUCCUCCAUACGAGCAACAUGAAUGCCACUUUCCCAAUAAAGCCAUGCCCUCUGCGGGGACUUUACCAUGGGUACAGGGCAUCAUCUGCAACGCCAACAACCCCUGCUUUCGCUACCCCACACCUGGAGAGACCCCCGGGGUGGUGGGCAACUUCAAUGACUCCAUCAUCUCCCGACUGUUCAUCGAUGCCAAGAAAAUUCUCCUCUACAGCCAACAUGACAAGAGCUUUGAAGGUUUCAAAGGACUCGUCCGGGCCUUGAGAAAACUGCAGAGAAACACUGAAGGGUUCAAGCUGAAGGACUUCCUCCGUGACAAUGAAACGCUGUCUGUGUUUCUUGAGAAAAAUGCUACCCUGCCCAAGCAUGCUGUGAUACAGAUAGUGGAGGCUAACGUCAACUUGGAGAAGGUGCUUAUUAAAGGCUUUAGCGUUCAUCUCAGAGACCUGUGCAAUUCCACAUCUCUGGAGGAUUUUGUGACCAUUGCCGAUAAGGAUGUGUCUCAGCUGACGCAAAACAUCAUCUGUCAAUCAUCUGCUGAAUGGCUGAACAACGCAGAGAGCCACUUCCUGUCCAACUUGGACUUCCUGAAGCCAAUACGGAAAGAUGUCAAGUCCGACCCAAAGAUUAUCCAAGAUGUGUCCAUAGCAACAGACAGUCUGCUGGAGAGUUUGGGAGCAUUAGCGGUGGAGCUUGUGAGUAUGAAGAGCUGGCGGGACAUGCGCAACGAGAUCCUGUACCUGACGGGCAACAGCACGCAGUCCCCCAAGCACAUGUACCAGGCCGUGUCCCGCAUCGUCUGCGGUCACCCGGAGGGCGGGGGCCUGAAGAUCAAGUCCCUCAACUGGUACGAGGACAACAACUACAAGGCCCUGUUCGGUAACUAUGGCAACGACAGCGAUAGCGAACCCGUCUCCGUUUACGACAACUCCUCCACACCCUACUGCAACAGCAUGAUGAAGGGCCUGGAGUCGAGUCCCAUAUCCCGCAUGAUCUGGAGGGCUCUGAAGCCACUGCUCAUGGGGAAGAUCUUGUACACCCCAGACACUCCUGCCACCCAGAGGAUCAUACAAGAGGUCAAUAAGACGUUUCAGGAGUUCGGCGUGAUAAGGGAUCUCGGCGGCAUGUGGGAAGAGAUGAGACCUAAAAUCUGGAACUUUAUGGAGAACAGUGAGGAGAUGGACCUCGUUCGGACCCUUCUCCAGAACAAUGCUAGUUCUCGCUUCUUUAAUGCCAAGCUGAGCGGGACAGACUGGUGCGUGGAGGAUGUGUCCAGCUUUCUGUCAAAGGCUUCAGAGGACAUGCGUCCCCAUGGGUCAGCGUACACAUGGCGAGAAGUGUUCAAUGAGACGGAUCAGGCCAUCCAAACCAUCUCUCGGUUCAUGGAGUGUGUGAACUUGGAUAAGCUGGAGCCUGUGGCUAAUGAGGAGCGUUUGGUAAACAAGUCCAUGCAUCUGCUGGAUGACCGCAAGUUUUGGGCUGGGAUAGUGUUUCCUGACAUGCAGGCCAACACGUCUGACCUGCCGCCCAACGUCAACUACAAGAUCCGCAUGGACAUCGAUAACGUGGAGCGCACCAACAAGAUCAAGGACGGGUACUGGGAUCCCGGUCCUCGAGCGGACCCGUUUGAAGACCUGCGCUAUAUUUGGGGCGGCUUCUCCUACCUGCAGGACGUGAUUGAACACGGGAUCAUACGAGCUCUGACCGGCAGCAAGGAGAAAACGGGAGUUUACAUCCAGCAGAUGCCUUAUCCCUGCUAUGUGGACGACAUCUUCCUGCAGGUAAUGAGCCGCUCCAUGCCUCUGUUCAUGACUCUGGCCUGGAUGUACUCGGUGGCCAUCAUCAUUAAGGGUGUGGUGUAUGAGAAGGAAGCACGGCUCAAGGAGACCAUGAGGAUUAUGGGUUUGGAUAAUGGCAUCUUGUGGCUGAGCUGGUUCAUCAGUAGUCUGAUCCCACUGCUCAUCAGCGCCGCCCUACUGGUGCUCAUCCUGAAGAUGGGGAAUCUCUUGCCGUACAGUGAUCCUGGUGUAGUCUACUUGUUCCUGGCCUCCUUUGCCGUUGUGACCAUCAUGCAGUGUUUCUUGAUCAGCACGCUCUUCUCCCGCGCUAACCUCGCCGCGGCCUGCGGGGGCAUCAUAUACUUCACCCUCUAUCUUCCCUAUGUGCUUUGCGUGGCCUGGCAGGAUUACAUCGGCUUUGGCGCCAAAGUAGUAGUGCUUCUCACCACUUCCAUCUCGCUCAUGCUCUUCGAUUCUGUACUGUACGCCAUCAUGACCUGGUACAUUGAAGCUGUGUUUCCAGGUCAAUAUGGCAUCCCACGACCCUGGUAUUUCCCUUUCACCAAGUCAUACUGGUGUGGAGAGAAAUGUGGUUGGAUUACAACAACGCCGACCAACAAGAAAGAAAAUGCUGAAGCUGUAUGCAUUGAAGAAGAACCGGCCCAUCUGGAUCCAGGUGUUUACAUCGAGAACCUGGUGAAGGUCUACAGCAACGGCAAACUGGCAGUGGAUGGUUUGACUCUGGGUUUUUAUGAGGGUCAGAUCACCUCCUUCCUGGGGCACAACGGCGCUGGGAAAACCACAACCAUGUCUAUCCUCACUGGCCUGUUUCCACCCACCUCCGGCACCGCUUACAUCCAGGGCAAAGACAUCCGCACCAAUCUGAACACUAUUCGUCAAAACCUGGGCAUGUGUCCGCAGCAUAACGUCCUGUUUAGCAUGCUCACCGUGGAGGAGCACAUCUGGUUUUAUGCACGUCUGAAGGGUUUGCCUGAGGAGAAGGUGAAAUCAGAGAUGGAGCAGAUCGUGAUGGACCUCGGCCUGCCUCAUAAACGCAAAUCUCGAACCAGCCAGCUCUCGGGAGGAAUGCAGAGGAAGUUAUCAGUAGCGCUGGCGUUUGUUGGAGGGUCAAAGGUCGUGAUCCUGGAUGAGCCCACAGCUGGAGUCGAUCCUUACGCUCGCCGGGGCAUCUGGGACCUGCUGCUCAAGUAUCGUCAAGGACGCACCAUCAUCCUGUCCACCCACCACAUGGACGAAGCUGAUAUCCUGGGGGAUCGCAUUGCUAUCAUCUCCCACGGGAAGCUGUGCUGUGUGGGCUCCUCUCUGUUCCUCAAGACCCAGCUGGGGACGGGAUACUACCUGACGCUGGUGAAGAAGGACUUCGAUCUCUCCUCAAGCUCCUGCCGCACCUCCAGCAGCACUGUCUCCUACUCCAAAGGAAGUCUCAAGAAGGAGGACAGUGUAUCUGAGAGCAGUUCUGAUGCUGGACUGGGCAGCGACCAUGAAAGUGAAACCACCACCAUAGAUGUCUCCCUGAUCUCCAAUGUGAUUUUCAAGCACGUUCCUACAGCCAGACUGGUUGAAGAUCUCGGGCACGAGAUCACUUACGUUCUGCCUUACGAGUCGGCCAAAGACGGAGCAUUUGUGGAGCUCUUCCAUGAGAUCGAUGACCGGCUCACUGACCUGGGCAUUUCUAGCUACGGCAUCUCUGACACAACCCUGGAGGAGAUUUUCCUCAAAGUGGCAGAGGACAAUGGUGUUGAUGCUGAGAUGUCAGAUGGGAUUAUACCUGCACGCAGGCACCGCAGACAUGCUUUUGGUGACCAUCAGAGCUGCCUGAAGCCUUUCACUGAAGACGACUUUGAUUUCAAUGACUCAGAAGGUGAUCCAGAAUCUCGUGAGACGGACUGGCUAGGCGGCGCUGAUGGUAAAGGUUCGUACCAGGUGAAGGGCUGGAGUCUGAAGAGACAGCAGUUUGUAGCUUUGCUCUGGAAACGCUUCCUGUACGCCCGACGCUCCCGGAAAGGUUUCUUUGCUCAGAUUGUGCUUCCCGCUGUGUUCGUGUGCAUCGCUCUGGUCUUCAGUCUCAUUGUCCCUCCAUUCGGAAAGUAUCCCAGUCUCGCUCUGGAGCCCAGCAUGUAUGAGGAGCAGUUCUCCUUCAUCAGCAAUGAUGCGCCAGAGGACAGACACACAAACAAGUUACUUGAAGCUCUGAUGGACAAUCCGGCUUACAACGAACAAUGCAAAGAUGAGCAAAACACUGUUAGCAAAUCAUGUGCGAUUAAAGAUGGAGAGUGGAUGGUUCCAGAGGUUCCUGAGACCGUUCAGGACAUAUUCCUAAAAGGGAACUGGAGUAUGGAAAACCCAUCGCCUCUGUGUGAGUGCAGUUGUGAAGGAAGGAAAAAGAUGCUUCCGGAGUGUCCGCCAGGAGCAGGUGGUCUGCCACCGCCUCAGAUCAAAGUCACCGCUGAUGAAACCUUGCAGAAUCUGACAGGCAGAAACAUUUCAGACUACUUGGUGAAAACAUAUGCACAGAUUAUUGGGAAAAGCUUGAAGAACAAGCUCUGGGUCAACGAAUUCAGGUAUGGUGGAUUCUCAUUGGGUGCGAGAAACUCACAGGCCCUCCCCUCUGGUGAUGAGAUCACUGAUGCCAUCUCUCACAUUCGUAACCGCUUCAGUCUUCAAGCGGGAACCGCAGCUGACCGCUUUCUGGCAAGCCUGUCGACUUUUAUCCGAGGUCUCGAUACCAAGAACAAUGUGAAGGUGAGUACACUACAUUCUGACUGGAUGUGUUUGCCUGGGUUCCUCAAUGUCAUGAACAAUGCCGUCCUGCGUGCUAAUCUGCCCCCCGGCCUGGAUCGGUCUAAAUUCGGCAUCAAAGCGUUCAACCAUCCACUCAACCUCACCAAAGAGCAGAUCUCACAGGUGGCAUUAAUGACGACCUCAGUCGACGUGCUGGUGUCCAUCUGUGUCAUCUUCGCCAUGUCCUUCGUCCCGGCCAGCUUUGUGGUGUUCCUCAUCCAGGAGAGAGUGAAUAAAGCCAAACACAUGCAGUUCAUCAGUGGAGUGCAGCCCUUCCUCUACUGGCUGGCCAACUUUGUGUGGGACAUGUGCAACUACAUUGUCCCAGCGACCCUGGUCAUCAUCAUCUUCGUCUGUUUCCAGCAAGAGGCCUACGUGUCCUCUACCAAUCUUCCUGUUCUUGCCCUCCUGCUGUUGCUCUAUGGGUGGUCCAUAACACCCCUGAUGUACCCAGCAUCAUUCUUCUUUAAGAUUCCCAGUACAGCGUAUGUGGUUUUGACCAGCGUUAACAUCCUCAUUGGGAUAAAUGGCAGUGUGUCCACGUUUGUCCUGGAGCUUUUCGGCAGCAACGAGAUUGGUGGCAUCAACGACAUCUUGAAGAACGUGUUCCUGAUCUUCCCUCACUUCUGUCUGGGCAGAGGUCUGAUUGACAUGGUGAAGAAUCAAGCUAUGGCUGAUGCUCUGGAGAGAUUUGGUGAGAAUCGAUUCCGCUCUCCUCUGGCGUGGGACAUGGUGGGCAAGAAUCUCUUUGCCAUGGCCGUAGAGGGCGUGAUUUUCUUCUGCAUCACCGUCCUUAUCCAGUACCGUUUCUGCAUCAAGGCCAGGCCGGUCAGCACUAAGCUGAAGCCGAUCGGAGAGGAGGAUGAGGAUGUGGCCAGAGAGAGGCAGAGGAUCUUGAGCGGAGGAGGACACACUGAUAUCCUGGAGCUCAAACAGCUCACCAAGGUUUAUAAGCGAAAGCAGAAGCCAGCUGUAGACAGACUGUGUGUGGGCAUCCCACCAGGAGAGUGUUUUGGGUUGCUCGGCGUGAACGGAGCUGGAAAGACAAGCACCUUCAAAAUGCUCACAGGAGAUUCUGUUGUCACUAGCGGAGAGGCCUACUUGGCAGGAAAGAGCGUGCUGACAGAGAUCGAUGAAGUGCAUCAGAAUAUGGGCUACUGUCCGCAGUUUGAUGCCAUCAGUGAUCUGCUGACUGGCCGAGAACAUCUGGAGUUUUACGCCAUUCUGCGGGGCGUCCCAGAGAAGGAAGUGUGCGAGGUGGCAGAUUGGGGCAUUCGUAAACUGGGCCUGAUGAAGUAUGUAGACAAAGCAGCAGGAAGCUACAGCGGGGGAAACAUGAGGAAGCUCUCCACCGCUAUGGCGCUCAUCGGAGGACCGCCAGUGGUGUUCUUGGACGAACCCACCACUGGGAUGGACCCCAAAGCCCGGCGGGCCCUGUGGAACUGCAUCCUCAGCAUCAUUAAAGAGGGACGCUCGGUCGUCCUGACCUCACACAGUAUGGAGGAGUGUGAAGCGCUCUGCACUCGUAUGGCCAUCAUGGUGAACGGCAGGUUCCGCUGCCUGGGCAGUGUGCAGCACUUAAAGAACAAGUUUGGUGACGGGUACACCAUCAUCCUGCGGGUGGCGGGGGCCGAUCCGCAGCUGCAGCCGGUGAUGGAGUUCAUCGAGCGGGAGCUGCCGGGAAGCACGCUGAAGGAGAAGCACAGGAACAUGCUGCAGUACCAGCUGCCCUCGUCGCUGACAUCCCUCGCCCGCAUCUUCAACAUCCUCUCCAAGAACAAAGAGCAGCUCCACAUCGAGGACUACUCCGUCUCACAGACCACUUUAGACCAAGUAUUUGUCAAUUUUGCCAAGGACCAAAGUGACGAGGACCACUUAAAAGACAUUAACAAAAACGAUGCCGUUGUGGACAUUUCUCACCUGAACGCCUUCCUCGUAGACGAGAAGGCCAAAGAGACUGUGGUGUGAUCCGCCAUUCAAUGGAUACAAAAAUCCACCUUCACGGGACUAAUAUGUCGUUUUUUUGUACUACUCUUUUUAGUUUUUUUUGUUCAAUUUCAGCUGUGUGUGUUUGUGCCCACAAGAGGGCGCUGGACCGGAAACACACUACUGAAACAAACAAUGCAAAUCAAUGCAAAAAAGAUUGACGUAAAACAAACACCGAUGACAGCGAGGCCGAGCCUGGUGCUUGUCGCCCCGUCGCGGUGAACGUGAGGAAACUUGAAGCUGUUCGCUCCUCUAGCGGUGAAUGUUUGAUUGACAAGACGUCUGCGAAAACAUCAUUCAGACACUGCCAAUGAGAUGUGGAAUUCAUCUCCUCAUUUAGCACAGGCUUCAAACUUUGCAUUUCAGCAACUACUCUAAGUCUUUGUACUUUACUUUUUUUAGACAUGCAUUUUAAAACUAUACUCAAAUGAUAUUUUGAUGCAAUGACGUGCAAUGUAUUACUAUUGUUAUUGUCAAGUGUUUGAAAGUGUCGUGCCUUGAAACAACACUCCGCUAAUGGACUCGAAGCGUGGAGCACACACUGUCAUCAAAGCUACAGUGAUAUUUACAUCUACUGUGAAGACGGAGCGGAUGACUUUAGAAGUUAAUUGCAUGCUUUACAUUGAUGCCAUGUUUAGGACGCCAUUGUAAGCUCAAGCAUGCUCUAGCUUUGUUAUCCUGAAGUAUUUCUGCGUGGGUUUCAACAGAUGUUCGCUGAUCUUGAGGCGAGUUUGGUGGGACUUCGCUGGGAGACUCGUAGUUGUUUUUGUGUCCAAAACGGCCCGAAGCGGAGGCGAGUUCAUAUUGUGUGAAACUGUACAGAAACAAAUCAUUUCCGUGCCAAACCAGGUCAAGUGGUUUAAAACCAUUGUUGGAUAUUAGUGGCUCUCAGCAGGCUACUAAAUGUUACGUUGUUGUUGUUGUUGUCUACACUGUGCGAUUUGAAACAAGACUUUCAUCGUACAGUAAGGCCUUGAGAGACGGCAGCUACAGGUUUUUUCUUAGAAAUGACAUUCAUAGGCCUCUGGUACAGGAGUUAAUAUCUCAGGAUGUGCCUCCUUAUACUAAAUGCUUAUGUUUAGUUUAUUAUACCACUUUUAUGAUCUCAACCAAUGGCACCAUUGUUGUUCGCCAACAGCGUGAAGUGACCAAAAGCAAUGAGGUGCUACCGAUUGAGUUUAUUUUUUAUCAUGAGGUGCUUUUUAGUCAGGCACCCUCAGAAAUUAAGCAACAAUCCCUGCUGCCACUGAAUGACGUGGAAGAAGUAGAAGAAACAAAGUAUUGUCUUUGGUCCAAAACUGAAGCACUUUAUAAUGUUAAACUGGUCUUGACAUUCAUAGUUCACAAACAGGACAUUUUGUGUUUAACAAAAGGUUAAUAGAUCAUUUUAGAUGUCCCACCGUGGCCAUUAUUUUCUGUUACAAUGUAUGUGUUUACAUUUUAAAUAUUAAAAAGCUAUUUCAGUCACUCUUGUGCCCUUUUUCUGUUCUGUUCAGGUGCUGUGUGUAAUUUCUUAACUGUGAGUAGCAGAAAAAAAGAAUUGCAGUAAAUAAAUAAUAGUAACAAAAAAGACAAACUUACUGGUGAUAGAUAUGUAGACUUGAUUUUAUAUGCAUUAAUAAUAUAUAAACAACUGAAAGAAAAA